AUUCAAAUUUCUUCGUCGAAGAAGGUUCUGGCAAACCGAGACUCGUAAAAAUAUUUGAUUUCUGCUACUUUCUUAGAUCUCUGCUACUGAAGUUCAGACUUCAUUCACUCGAUCACACAAGAAGCUCUCGACAAACUUUCCAGUUUCAUCACAUCGCUGAAGUUUUACCAUGUCUCAACAAAUCAGCCUCCCAGCCAAACUGAUCAAUGGUGGCAUUGCUGGCAUUGUUGGGGUCACUUGCGUGUUUCCCAUCGAUUUAGCCAAGACCAGACUCCAGAACCAAAGACAAGGCCAGCAAGUCUACAAGAGCAUGAUUGACUGCCUCAUCAAAACAGUACGAACUGAAGGAUACUUUGGCAUGUAUAGAGACAUGGGUCCCCGCUGGGAUAAUGAAGGCUAGCCGAUAAGGCGCAGCCACGCUGGAGGCAAAUCAUUUAUCAUGGAGCUGCGGUUAAUCUUACCCUGGUCACUCCUGAGAAGGCCAUCAAACUGGCAGCGAAUGACUUCUUCCGGUGCCACCUCUCUAGAAAUGGGAGAGGGCUGAAUGUAUUUAAAGAGAUGUUGGCUGGAUGUGCUGCUGGCAUGUGCCAGGUUAUCGUUACUACUCCAAUGGAGAUGCUGAAAAUUCAACUGCAGGAUGCUGGGAGACUCGCUGCCCAGCAGAGAAAGCCAGGCCUCAUUCCUCCUACCAGACUGGCUGCGAACACUGUGCUGUGCCGCUCAUACAACGUGGUUCCCAAUUCAUCAGCCAGAGCCGUAUCUGCAACCCAGAUCGCUAGAGAGCUGCUGCACACUCAGGGCAUUCAGGGGCUCUAUAAAGGCCUCGGAGCAACUCUGCUGAGAGAUGUGCCUUUCUCGAUCGUCUACUUCCCCCUCUUUGCAAAUCUGAACAAGUUGGGCAAACCCUCCCCUGAUGAGGCGGCGCCAUUUUAUUGGUCCUUCAUCUCUGGAUGUGUUGCAGGCUCAACAGCUGCUGUUGCUGUCAAUCCAUGUGAUGUGGUAAAGACCAGACUGCAGUCUCUGAGCAAAGGAGCCAAUGAGGAUACCUACAGCGGCAUCGUUGACUGUUUCAGUAAGAUCAUGCGGCGUGAAGGCCCGUCUGCUUUCCUGAAGGGUGCGGGUUGCAGAGCGCUAGUCAUCGCGCCGCUCUUCGGCAUCGUGCAGGUCAUGUACUUCCUCGGCGUGGGAGAGUUUAUCGUGAGCCAGACCCAGCUAAAGCUAAUCUCUGACUGAACACACAUCGCUACCUCAGAGCGCAAGAGACUGUACAUUACACAACAGAAGAUAAACAUUAAUCAAGAUGGCGGCGGAGGAGGAGAUGCCAAGAGAACGGCAGCUUCUGCUCUGGUUUGCGUUCCUGUGAGUUUUUAAACCAGCCUUACCGCACUUCCUCUAUGGUUUACAGGCUUAUCUGAUGAGCCGUGAUGAGCCAGCAUUUUGCACUUGUUGGUAAGGCAUGUGUCUGGAGGAGAGAGAGCGCUUUAACACACGAUUAUGUUUUUUCUAGAAGCAUAUGUGAAAGUUUCCCCUCAGUGAGGGAGACCGGUGUCGCUGUCAAGACACUGACUUCUUCCUUUUCUCUCUCUUUUCCAUCUGUUCUCUUUGUACAAAUUCUUUUUGUAUUGAACUGUCUCUUCUUUCCUACUCAGUUCCUGUAUUUGUCAGUCUUUCUCUGUUUUCAGUGUCUAAACUUGAAUCGAGUUACUUGAAAUGCUUUUAAAGCCUUCAGAGUUUGUAACUCUCUAGUUUUAGGGAAUGUCAUUGACCUUUUAUUCUGUUUGGUACUAUCACAUGCGCGCGCACACACACACUCUCUUUCUUGCUACAUUUGAGUUUGUAAAAAGAGCUGAUUUGGGUGAAAGUGUGUGAGGUGCAGUCUAAAAUUCAGGAUUAUUUUGAUGACUACCGAAAACAGGCAUUUGAUGCAUAUCGUAUUUAUGCAAGAUUUUGUCACUUUGAAGACAUGAUAUUAUUAUUUUCCAUUACAUGGACCAGUAUGUUACAACUGUAGCUUUCUGGAUUUUUCAACCACCAAAAGCAUGGGUCAUAUUUUCAGUUUUUAGGUCAUGUGUUUGUCUUAAAGGUGCAGUAUGUAAGUUUGACACUCUAUUUUGAUCCAGAAAUACCGAAUUUAACCACUAACGCAAGUGCAGGUUGCCAGAUUGUUGACACCAACAGGAACGAGUCUGACUUGUUUAAAUUAUGUUUAAAAUAAAAGUAACGGCAUGUGAUAGUGUCCCAGGGGUUGCAUUUCGGUCACGAAUGCAUACUUUGAGAGCCUUUCUAAGUAAAUGAAUGAAACGCACAGCUUUCCACCAAGGCAACCUGGAGUGCUGAAAUAUUGGCUAAACUGACAGGGGGGAGGUUAAUAAGACCAAAACACAGACAGCCGUUACAGCAUGUAACAAACAUUUUCAAAGCAGAAUAUCUGACCUCAGCAUUGUUUUUCAGAAAAUAAGACUGUUCUGUUAGCAUGUUUCUGAAAUUCCUGCAAACAUAUGGUAUUUAUAAGUAUAUUAAGUAUUAGAAGAGUCAAAAACGAACAUACAGCACCUUUAAACGUACAUGAUGUGCAAAGUCUUGUCAGUUUGAGGUUCCCGGACUGUUUAUUUGUCUACAGUAUUAACAUUAACUCAUGAAUAUUCCUGUUCUGCUGAAAUGGUAUUAAUCAACACUGCGAAAAUAAAAACCAAUCAAAUGUG